AUGCACGACCAGGCCACCCUUCGCCGUAUUCGUCGACACGCCAUGAAGGACAUUGGUUUCCAGCGACGUCGGCCCAAGAAGAAGCGGAACAUCUCGAUUCAAUUGGAGUACAUCGAAGAUCUCACGUCUUCCAUGACUUCAGGUCACGAUUCCGGAUAUGCAUCGCCCCUAUUACUGAGUCCGGCCCCUGCUAUUGGCGGCGGAUCGAUACACGCCUUCUUCCAUCUUCCGAUCGAGCUUGACGACAUUGGCAAAGGCUUAUUGGCCAAUAUCUGGACUUCGGAUUAUAGCAUCAGUUGCCAGAGCGCUCAUCGGCCGGAUUGGUUCAUGACAGGAAUAGCCGAUGAGGCGACAUUUUACCAAGUGCUCGCCAACUCUGAAUUAUAUUUUGAAGUGCUUUGUAGCCCUCAACGCUCCCAGGUGGGGCAAGAGACAUCUCUAAGUAUGUAUUAUCAUCAGAAAGCGGUGACACUGCAACGACAACGUCUCGAAAAUGUGUUCAAGACGAAGGUGACCGAAGCGAUGUUGGGUACAGCAGCGAGCUUGUUACUGUAUGCUGAGAUGUCAGGAAACGCCGACUGGUGGUUACCACAGCAGAAAGGCAUGCUAGAAAUGGUUCGAGCUUUCGAAGGUGGACUAGCAGCCCUAGACCGAAACAGACCGCUGAGGGCCGCCUGCAGCUGGGCGGAACUGCGCGGAGCUUUCGUACUGGACCUGUCAUGUGGUUUGCCACUGCCAUCGUGGUGGCAGGAGGAGUAUGACAGGGGCAUCAAUGGCGACCAUGGUCCUGUGAUAUUGUGGGCCGCUGAAGAUCCAGGGCUGCGCGAGGAAUUCUUCAAGGUCUUCGGUCAUGUGCCACAGUGGCUCGAAACUCUUGAUGCGGUUGCGACUCUGGCAGGUGUGGUCAGCUCAAGGUUACAGAAGGCUCCCGGCAUACGUCAACAACAAGACGACAUACUACUGUGGACCGAUGUUGUUGCUCAUCGACUUCUCUGCCUUCGUGCGAACGAUACUACAUUGUCACUCGACGAUAACCAACGAUCGAUACUCGAAGCUUGUCGUCUGACAUUUCUCAUCUUCAUUGCGGUCGUCUAUCGAUGCCUAGGCGCUCAUCCUUACAAUACCACAAUUCUGAUUCAAAAGCAACAGCAACGUCUUCUUCGCUCGCAAUCCGUCGACUGGGGUGGCCUGGGCAAGCUUCUGGUGUGGAUGGAGCUCAUAGCAUCUCUGGAAGGCGCAAGUUUCGAUGUGAUGCAUGUGCCGAAAGACACACUACAGCAGUGGUUACUCGAACAACAGCUGGGGCUCACGAAAUUGCUGUCUCACAGUUUUAAUCUGGCCAGUGUGAAGCAGGUUCUCUGGUUGCCAGAACUAUUCGAUCUCAAAGUAACGGCGUUUGUCAAAGGCGAGUGGCAUAGCGAAUGGAUUAAGAAGUGCUGA